AUGGAUUUCCAGAGCUGGUUUGUCGUUCCAGUGGGGGUAUUGCUGUGCUGUGCUCUUCAGACAUCAGCUGUUCAACAUCCUGCAUCUCACAACUGCACCAGCAAUGGUCAAAGAAUAUCAUUCAGGCACUCCUACAAAAUUGACCUGCCCACAUCCUCCCAGAUUAAGGUGGAGGCAGAUCCAUUCGAGCAUGAAGACAACAGUGGGGUGCAGCUAGAUUCUGGAGAGGCUGAGGAAAAUGACGAGCAGAAUAUAACCUUUAGGCACAGUAUCCAUGUGCACGCACCCAAAGGGGACUGUGAAACACUGACCCACAUUAAAGGUCUGCUUGAAAAGCUAGAGAAGCUUGAGAAAGAAGUGGCAGAGCUGAGAGAAGUUUGCAGCCCUGAGAAGUGCUGUGGGGGAAGCAGAGAUUUGUCGCAUUGCAGUGGCCAUGGGAUGUUCCUCUAUGAGACGUGCAGCUGUAAGUGUGCAGAGGGCUGGGAGGGCAGUGACUGCUCCCAUCCUUCCUGCCCCAGCCACUGCAGCGGUCAUGGGCGCUGUGAUGGUGGGAAGUGUAUCUGUGAUGAGCUUCACUUCGGUGAGGACUGCAAGCAUCAGCUCUGCCCUGAGAACUGCAGCAGUAAUGGGACCUGCGACACAGCCAAAGGGGUCUGCCAGUGCUAUGAGGAGUUCAUCGGGGAGGACUGCAGUGAGAAACGAUGUCCUGGGGACUGCACUGGCAAUGGGUUCUGUGACACAGGAGAGUGCUACUGCCAUGAUGGCUUCUUUGGCCUUGACUGCUCCCAGGUGCUUGCUCCUCAGAACCUGCAGCUACUGAACUCCACAGAGAAGGCUCUGGCUGUCAGCUGGGAUCCAGUGACUGAUGUAGAUAAUUACCUCAUCAGCUAUUAUCCAGUGGGGUAUGAGACAUUGGUGAAACAAGUCCACAUGCCCAAAGAACAGUUCAUCUGUGAGAUUGUGGGUCUCCGGCCUGGCACCAUGUACAAUAUCACACUUCAUCAUGUGAAGAAGGGGUUUGCCAGUGAGCCCAAGUAUCUAGAAGCAAGCACAGUUCUAUCUGCACUCAGUGCCAUCUGGAUAACAGAAGAAAUGGAGCACUCCCUAGAAGUGGAGUGGGAGAACCCACCAACAGAUGUGGAUUAUUACAAGCUGAAGUUCAGAUCCCUGGUUGAGAUGGACGAGAAGCAGGUCAUGGUGCCCAAAAGCAAUGACCCUAAGACCAGACACAUCAUGACUGGCCUGAAACCUGGCACUGAGUAUGAGGUCACUGUCAUACCCAUGAAAAACAAUACAGAGGGGAAACCCUCCUCAGUGAGUGGUAGGACUGCAGUUGAUAGCCCAACCAAUGUGGCAGCUGAGCAAGUGACAGAAGAUAUGGCCACUGUCUCAUGGUAUAAAGUUGAGGCUCCCAUAGACAGGUACAUGGUGAUAUAUACCUCAUUUGAUGGAGACACAAAGAAAAUAGAGGUGGGGAGUGAAAAUGACAUAGUCACCUUAUGGGAUCUGGACCCAGGCAUGCAAUAUAUCAUAGACAUCUGGGCAGAGAAGGGGCCCUAUAGGAGCAAGAAAGCAAGCACCACCAAAGCUGUGACAGAAACUGACAGCCCAACUGAGCUGCUGACUGACCAAGUCACAGAGGAUGUAAUUACUGUUUCCUGGAACAAAGUCCAGGCUGCCAUAGACAGAUACAGAGUGAGCUACAUCUCAGCUGAUGGGGACACAGAGGACAGAGAGGUGAAAAAAGACAAGAAUGUCACUACCUUGGCAGGACUGAAGCCAGGCAUGGAGUAUGUCAUUUAUGUCUAGGCAGAAAAGGGAAAACAACAGAGCAAGAGGGCCAGCAUUGAGGCUGUGACAGAAAUUGACAGCCCAGCUCAUCUAAUGACUGACCAAGUGACAGAAGACACAGCCACCAUCUCCUGGGACAGGGCCCAGGCUCCUGUAGAUAGGUACAUGGUGAACUACACCUCUGGUGGUGACACAGAGGAGGUAGAAGUGGAAAAGAACGAGAGCACUACGAGACUGACAGGACUGAAACCUGGUAUUGAGUAUAUUAUCUUCCUCUGGGCAGAGAAGGGAACACAGCAGAGCAAGAAGAUCAGAACUGAGGCAGUGAUGGAGAUUGAUCCUCCUAAGAACCUCCAUGUAUCAGGUGUGACUCAUUCUGCUGGUGUGGCUACCUGGACUCCUCCUGCAGCACAGAUCGAUGGCUAUGUUCUGACCUACCAGGGUCAAGAUGGCACAAGCAAGGUACAACAAAUUCCUCAUGAGCAACAGUUUGUGCUGGAGGGGCUGGAACAAGGACUAAGGUAUACCAUCUCUGUGAUGGCCUAUAAGGGAGGUCACCAGAGCAGAAAGAUGGACAGUACCUUCUCAACAGCUAGCUCCCUCUACUCGUAUCCUGCAGACUGCAGCCAGAUGCAGCAGAAUGGAAAUACAUCCAGUGGCAUGUACACCAUUUACCUGAAAGGGGAUGGCAGCAGGCCAAUGCAGGUGUACUGUGACAUGACCACUGAUGGAGGCGGGUGGACAGUGUUUCAGAGGCGGAGCACUGGCGAGGUGGAUUUCUACCAAUGCUGGAAAAAUUAUGUGGAAGGAUUUGGAGAUCCCACAGGAGAAUUCUGGCUUGGUCUUGACAAGCUGCACAAUCUCACAAGCAGCAGUCCCAUUCACUACGAGCUUCGUGUGGACUUGCGGACAGCCAGUGAAUCUGUCUACACUGUCUAUGACUUCUUCCAGGUUGCCUCAAGCAGUGACAGAUACAGGCUGUCAGUGGGAAAAUACAGAGGCAAUGCUGGGGAUGCAAUGACCUACCACAAUGGCUGGAAGUUCACAACAUGGGACAGAGACAAUGAUGUGGCCCUCGGCAACUGUGCUCUGACACACCAUGGUGCAUGGUGGUACAAGAACUGCCACUUGGCCAACCUCAAUGAGAAAUAUGGGGAGAGCAAACACAGUGAGGGUGUGAAUUGGGAGCCAUGGAAAGGCCAUGAAUUCUCCAUUCCUUUCACUGAGAUGAAGAUCCGUCCUCAGUCUUCCAGUAAUGAGCCAGUCCUGGGGAGGAAGAAGAGGUUUCUAUUAGGGAAGAGGAAGAAGAUCAGGGCUUAA